GGCAGCUGUGACGGGCGAGGUGCCGGGCGUCAGUGUGUUUACACGUGUGUGAGGAGGAGGACGGCGGCGGUGACCAGUGACCUUCACCACCACCACCAUGGCUGACCCCGUCCCUGACUACCACCACUACCGCAACCCCCUCGCCUACAGAUACGCCUCCACUGAAAUGUCAUUCAACUUCAGUGAAACUAAAAAAUUUACCACUUGGCGUAAGCUAUGGACGUAUCUUGCCAAGGGCGAGAAGGAAUUGGGCCUUCCUAUUACAGAUGAACAAAUUAAAGAUAUGGAAGCUAACUGGUAUAAUAUUGAUUAUGAAUUUGCUGCAAAAGAGGAGGAAAAGAUAAGACAUGAUACCAUGGCUCAUGUUCGGACCUUCUCAGCAGCUUGCCCAAAAGCUGCUCCAAUCAUUCAUCUGGGAGCUACAUCUUGCUACGUGGGCGACAAUACAGAUUUGAUUGUUCUUCGAGAUGGAUUUGACAUAUUACUGCCCAAAGUUGCAAGAUGCAUCCACCGAUUAGCCAAGUUUUCCUUAGAGCAAAAAGAUCGACCAACACUUGGUUUCACUCAUCUUCAGCCUGCUCAGCUAACAACAGUUGGAAAGAGAGCUGCUCUUUGGAUUCAAGAACUGCUGAUGGAUGAAAGAGCCAUGUCUCGGGCACGGGAUGACCUACGCUUCCGAGGGGUCAAGGGCACAACUGGCACUCAAGCAUCAUUUCUGCAAUUAUUUGAAGGUGAUAAUGAGAAGGUCAAGAAGCUUGAUGAAUUGGUAACUCAGAUGGCAGGAUUUGAGAAGGUAUAUCCAGUUUGUGGACAAACGUAUACCCGUAAGGUGGAUGUAGAAUGUUUGAACGUCUUGGCUUCACUAGGGGCAACUGUUCAUAAGAUUUGCACUGAUAUACGGCUCUUGGCUAAUAUGAAGGAGAUAGAAGAGCCAUUUGAAAGCAGUCAGAUUGGAUCUAGUGCCAUGCCAUAUAAGCGCAAUCCCAUGCGCAGUGAACGCUGUUGUGCCUUGGCACGCCUCCUCAUUGCUUUGCCUUCCAAUUCCCUCAACACUGCAGCAACCCAGUGGAUGGAGCGAACGCUUGAUGAUAGUGCCAACAGGAGAAUCAGUUUGGCUGACUCAUUUCUUGCGGCUGAUAGUGUUUUAAUAUUGGUGCAAAACAUCGCAGAGGGAUUAGUAGUGUACCCUAAUGUAAUUCAACGCCACAUUGCUCAGGAACUCCCAUUUAUGGCUUCAGAGAACAUCAUCAUGGCAAUGGUCAAGGCUGGAGGCAAUAGACAAGAGUGUCAUGAAGAGAUCCGUGUACACAGUCAAGCUGCAGGAAAUAAAGUGAAACAGGAGGGUUUGGAGAAUGAUUUGGUGGAAAGGAUAAAGGCUUCUCCUUACUUUGCUCCCAUACAUGGACAGAUUGAUGCCCUCCUCAACCCUUCAACCUUCAUUGGUCGAGCACCACAACAGGUGGAGGAGUUUCUAAAAUGUGAGGUGGAGCCAGUUUUGAAGAAAUAUGAAGGAAAACUGGAAAGCACUUCUACUUUAGUAAACUAAUAUAUGAUGUUUGUACGUUGAUGUACCGGCCACUAUUAGACUUAAGAGCUCAAGUUAUAAUGUAAUGCUGCUGCUGCUGUUGCUGUUGUAAUUGUUGCUACAAAUAAGAUGCCUGAUGCCAGUGAUGGUUGUGGUGGGUAUUGUCACUACACCUUGGUAAGUGGCUUCAACUGAAAAGUGGUUCAUAUUAAUCACUAUAAUGUACAGUGAUUUACAGUGCCUUUUACGUAACUUUGAAAAUAAAAUUGUAGCAUUCAGAUUACCGAGCCCCAUUAGGAGACAGUGGCGAUUUAUGGUCAUCAGUCUACCCUAUAAUCAGGCUUGUAAUAAAACUGGCAAUGCUUAACAAGUAUUUGUGCUUGUGACCUAUUAAUUACUUUAAGAAAAAGUAAUUACUUUUAAACAAAAAUGAUUAAUUAAGAAAAAGAUGACCGAGGAUUAAGACAGUACAGUAGAGUACAAUAUUACUAGUGGAAAGCUUGUAUAUUUGGGACACGUUUUGGUCAAUUAUUUGUGCCAAAUGAGGUAUUGGGCGGACUUGAUUACAUUGUGCCAUAGUAUAUCUUCUUUGGUAGUUUGACUUUUAAUUUUGUGUUCAUAAAUGUCAUAAAUGUUAUUGUUUUACUGAAGGUGUGUGUAUUGUUAACCAGGUCAAACUUGAAGGGUAGUACCAGACAUUUGGUAGAUGUGUUCCCGACACAUGAAGCAAUGUUUUGUGUAUAGGCAUUGUCUUGGUAUAUAUAAGUGAGUUAUGUUACAUAAUAAACAAUGUUUAUAUAGAAAACAUCUUUACUGCAUAAUAAAUUACAUCUCAUUUCCAUCAACCAUCAACCAGGUAUUUCAGAAGAAAUUAUAAAACAUUAAAUUUAUCAGACAA